AGCGCGUGAGAGUUGUCAACACUCUUGAACCAUGUUAAGACUUCGCUGUGGUCUGAGCUGGUCACUUGUCCUCGUCAUGCUGUCCUAUGUGCUGUCACGAAGUUUCUGCCAGGUCGUCGCGGAAGUUACCCGCCCGACCAUUGGCUCAGUUUUACGGACUUUCACAACGUCCAGUCCUAAAUGCGGAGGAACAUCCAACAAUGCUUCAGUGGUGACUUACUCGCAGCUGAAGACCAUGCUGUCCAACCGUAACAUCCAGCUAUUUGAUGUGAGGAAUCCUGAUGAAUACCAGGCUGGACGCAUCCCAGAUGCUGUUAACAUCCCAUUGGGAAACCUGGAAGAGUCUCUGAAGCUGUCUCCAGAGAGCUUUGAGCAGAAAUAUGAAGUGAAGGCUCCUGGGAAAGAUGAUGACAACAUCGUGUUUCACUGCAGAACCGGCAAGAGGAGCGCCACAGCACUGGACAUCGCCGGUCAGCUGGGGUUUAGCAGGGCGAGACAUUAUGAAGGAGGGUACAGUGAGUGGGCAGAGCUAGAAGGAAAAUGAAUCUGGGCUGGAUUCUGCACUUUAUAGUCAAAAUUAAAGUUAAAUCAAAACUACAGAAUAUACAAAAAAGACAUACAGGUUACAAUUUCACAAUUUCAAAGUAACUGUUAGUUUAAAAGUAACUACCACUUAGAAAAUUUCACUUCAUUGACUUGUAACAUUUUUUUUAAAUGAUGUGACCCUUCCAAUAUUAUUCUAUGUAUCCAUUUGAUACCAUUUAAAGGAAUAUGAUUUAUGACUGAACUGAUUAAUGUGAAAAUACUUGAUGUUGAUUAAAUUAUAUAUAAAAUUCA